AUGUCAUUCGCUGUAUCAUCUUCAAGACGGGGUCUGUCCCUUGCCACUUCCUCGUUGAUUGCCUCCACCCGAUUGUAUUCAACUGGAAGAACAACAGAUUUGCUGGUCAAGGCUGGAAGGAGCAAAUCAACUCAAUUUGAUGUUUUACGUCUUUUUGCGCCACAUUUCCAUCUGUACAGCACAUUGUCCGGCUCAUCUUCUGUCGGACUAGCUCGCAAGAGAAAGAGCACAAAUGCAAAUACCAAAUUCGCCCUCGUAAGACGUUAUCAGCAUGUUCAGCCACACGAAAGCAGCUCAUCUUCGACAAAUUUUCCACCACCAACGGGAAAGUCACAAAAGUCAAAAGAUAGAUCAUCUAGCUCGCCUUCUAAGAACAACUCAAACGCUUCACAGCAAAGCUCGGAAACAGUCAAUAUUGCAACAACUCCCUUGAAACAUGCUCAACAGGUCACAAACGUAAGCGCAGCAGAAUUAGGUUCUGAUGCGAAUCAGUUGAGUGCAUCACAAUCACUAUUACAGGAACAAACAGCAAAAGCUUUGGCUGCCAAAGAAGCUGAAGAAAAGUGGAAAAGUCAGCCUCUCUUGAAACGGGCCUGGAUCAAAGUCAAAGAAGAGGCAGCACACUACUGGCACGGUACGAAGCUAUUGGCAAAAGAAGUCAGUAUCAGCAGCAGAUUGUUACGUCGCUUGAUGAUGGGAUACGGCCUUACCCGUCGUGAACAUCGUCAAUUGAAGAGAACGACUGCCGACUUAUUGCGACUUAUUCCAUUCUUGCCUUUUAUCAUCGUUCCCUUUGGAGAAUUGUUGCUUCCCGUUGCUAUUAAAAUCUUCCCAAACAUGUUACCAAGUACAUUCGAAAGCAAAUUUGCUGUUGAAGAAAAACGUAGAAGACUAAUCAAAGUUCGUCUAGAAAUGGCUAAGUUCCUGCAAGAGACCAUUAAAGAGGGAGGUAUUGCAGCUACGGCCGAAUUGCAAACUUCUGACGAGUUCAAGGAAUUUUUCCGCAAAGUCCGUUCUACUGGUGAUCACCCCUCCCCUGAAGACACGAUUCGCGUUGCCAAAUUGUUGGAAGAUGACCUUACUCUGGACAACUUGACCCGACCUCAAUUGGUUUCCAUGUGCCGAUACUUGCAGAUCAAUGCCUUUGGAACUGACAAUUAUCUCCGCUACCAAAUUCGUACAAAGUUGAACAAGUGCAAGCGUGAUGAUAUGCAAAUCUCAGCUGAGGGUGUUGAGAAUUUGAGCUUACUCGAAUUACAACAUGCUUGUCAAAGCCGUGGUAUCCAGACGCAAUACCGAUCAGAAAAGAGGCUACAAGAAGAGUUGAAGCAAUGGAUCGAUUUGCAUUUACACCAGAGGAUCAGUGGUGUUCUGUUGAUCCUUUCUCGUGCAUUUGACUACAUGCCAAACAGCUCUUCUUCAUCCGACGAAAAUACCCAGCUUCGCAGCUUGGAAUUGACGUUGAGUAGUCUUCCCGAUAACUUGUUGAGCGAAGCAGAAUUGAACGUAAGCAAGGAUACUGCUACGAACAAACAACGAUUGGAAGUCUUGCAACAACAAGAAGAAUUGAUCGAAGAUGAGGCCGAACAAGAACAAGCAGAAGAAGAAGCACGUAAGGCAGACAAAGAACGCAAAGAACGUAAUAAGGAACAAGUUCGUUUGAGCCGAGAAGAGAAGGAAGCCAAAGCAAUGUUGCCAAAGGGUGAAGUUGACCCUGCAACAGAAGAUGCUCGAAUGACAAAUGAACAGUUGACCGAAUUGGGAGAAGCAUUGAGCAUUUUGAGUGCUAAAUCUAGCGUUUUGAAAGAACGAGAGGAAUUGGCACAAUUGGUGCAAGAGAUGGAAGAGAGUGGAGUUUGCGGAAGCGAUGAAAAGAAGAAUGCUGCAAGUAGUACUUCUUCCGAAGAAAAGGCUGCAGCAGAAGAAGAAACACAAGAGCAAGCAGCACGAGUGGGAGCAAGUAGUUCCGUUUCAACAAGUUCGCGUGGAUUGGCCAAACGCGUUAGAAGUAUGUUACAAAAGAUUGAUGCUCAACUUGAAGAUUACGAUCGUGAUGUUGGAAGUAGAAUGAACAUCAUCGAAGCAAGUCCAUCAGGAAAGAUUAGCGUUGAUGAUUUAGAACAAGCAUUACGAUUGAUCAAACAUCGACCUGAUGACGAAAUUUUGGAACGUUUGGUGGACAAGUUAGAUAUCGAUAAUGAUGGUUUGGUUCCAUUGACGGAUGUUGUUGAACUUGCACGCAAAGAAAGUGGUUUGGGUAUCGUUCGAGAUGAUAAUGUGGAAAACAUUCGAGCAGAAGGACAUGCUUUACGCGAUGAAAGAAAGGUUGGUUUAAAGAGAGAAGACAUCAUUGAACAGUGAUGGGCUUCUUUUGGAAUAAAAUAAAUAAUUAUAUAGACUUGCGAUGCUUUGUUUUGCAUCUUCCCCUCUCUUUUAUGAUGAUCACCCC